UGUGUCGUUGUCGACUCGUUUAACGUAAAUGGUAUAACCCAUAAUUAUUGACUAUUGUUGUUGUUCGUCCUUCGAAGGAGCAGAGUUGGUCAAGUACUUGUCACAUACGCUAAAUAUUUUAUUUUUUAAUUUUUAACACAUGGACGGACACUCUUUGAUUACUGCCGUACCGGACGCUGACACAAAACGACUCACAACAUUACAACCCAAACAGAAUAUGGACGAUUCCGCUUUGAAAGGAAGCACGCAAAUCACCAUGAGCCGAAUCGAGUUAGUAUCCACGCCGACUUUAAAUGGUUUUGAUGACAAACCAGAAACAAACAGAUCUGAUGGACUGACAAUUACAUACGGCAUUGACGAUAACCCACCGUGGUACUUGUGCAUAUUCAUGGCCUUACAGCAUUACCUGACCAUGAUUGGCGCUAUAGUAUCCAUCCCGUUCAUUCUUACCCCAGCACUAUGCAUGAGAGAAGACGAUCCUGCUCGAGGGCACAUCAUAUCGACAAUGAUAUUCGUCACGGCCAUAGUGACUUUUGCACAAGUCACUUUCGGUUGCAGGUUGCCAAUUGUCCAAGGAGGGACUAUAUCGUUUCUCGUGCCGACUUUAGCCAUACUAAACUUGCCCCGUUGGCGCUGCCCGUCGGCAAACCAAGUGGCAGCUAUGAGCCCACAAGAACAAGAAGAACUAUGGCAAGUCCGUAUGAGAGAACUUUCUGGUGCAAUAGCCGUUUCAGCAUUAUUCCAAGUGAUAAUCGGAUUAACAGGUGUCAUUGGUAAAAUAGUCAAGUACGUAACACCAUUAACAAUUGUGCCCACCGUGUCGUUGGUCGGCUUGUCGUUGUUUGAAAACGCAGGCGCUUCAGCUUCCAAACACUGGGGAAUUUCAAUGGGGACUAUUAUACUGAUGACGUUAUUUUCACAGUUUCUGACAAACGUUAAAUGUCCGUUCCCAUCUUACAACAAAGUCGACGGAAUCCACAUUGCCUGGUUUAACCUCUUUCAGCUUUUUCCGGUACUGCUCACCAUCACCAUUAUGUGGAUACUCUGUGGUAUCCUAACAAUGUGCGAUUACUUCCCGGUCGGCCAUCCUGCGAGGACAGACGUGAAAAUCAGGAUCAUCGAGGACUCGGAUUGGUUCCGGAUUCCGUAUCCAGGACAGUGGGGCUGGCCGACAAUCAGUGUCGCCGGCGUCAUAGGAAUGUUGGCUGGAGUCCUGGCUUGUACCGUGGAAUCUAUUAGCUACUACCCGACAACGGCUAAAAUGUGUGGCGCUCCUCCACCUCCCGUGCACGCCAUCAACAGAGGCAUCGCAUUCGAAGGAAUCGGGACCGUCUUGGCUGGUCUCUGGGGAAGCGGAAACGGUACCAACACUUUCGGAGAAAACGUCGGUGCCAUAGGAGUCACGAAGAUUGGCAGCAGACGUGUAAUUCAGUAUGCGAGUUUAUUAAUGUUAAUCCAAGGUGUGGUUAACAAAUUUGGAGCUGUUUUUAUCAUCAUUCCAGAGCCCAUCGUAGGAGGAAUGUUUUGCAUUAUGUUUGGAAUGAUAUGUGCCUUUGGAUUAUCUGCAUUACAAUACGUCCAAUUGAAUUCAUCCAGGAAUUUGUACAUCAUAGGAUUUUCAAUGUUUUUCUCACUUGUUUUGCCAAAAUGGCUUGUAGCUCACCCGAACGCGAUUCAGACUGGAAACGAAGUGUUAGACAGCGUUUUUACCGUUAUUUGCAGUACUAGUAUCCUCGUUGGAGGUUUACUGGGUUUCUUUUUGGACAACACCAUUCCAGGAACACCAGAAGAACGAGGACUCAUAGCUUGGGGAAAAGAAAUGAAUCUCGUGAACGAGCCAACCGCCGGUGAAGAAACUAGUACUUUUGAUUUUCCAGUUGGAAUGGGUUUACUAAGAAAAAUGAAGUGGACUCAAUGGAUGCCAUUUUUACCAACUUACAGACCAAAGAAAGCUUAAACUUUAGAUUACUACCUAAAUUGUAUUAUAUUAAUACUUUAAUUUAUAUUAUUGAAUACUUUUUUUUAUCAACAUAGAAUAUAUAAUAGAUAUAAUUAUAAAAAUAGAAUCAAAUAAUUCAA